AUGUCAACUGUAAGUCGUCCCCAGUUCGUAUUCUGCUACCGACAUAUCCCUGACACCCUCACUCGGUCAACGGAACCCCCCGUUUACACGCUCGCAGAGGACCGGCCCGUGCAAGACCCGGCAUCCUCGGUCAUUCUUCGCGGGCCAAGUGUCCGCGGCGGCGGGCUUGGGCUGCUGCAGGGCACCCAGCUCGUCGAGACCUUGGCGCAUUUCCCGAGGGAGAGAAUCCCGGAGCGAGUCGUUCACGCAAAAGCGGCUGGUGCCUGGGGUGAGUUUGAGUGCACGCACGACAUCACCCAGUGGUGUUCUGCCGCCUUGUUUAAGGAGGUCGGCAAGAAGACGGAGGUCCUCGCCCGUAUCUCCACGGUCGCGGGGGAGAGGGGCUCGGCGGACACCGUCCGCGACAUCCGAGGCUUCGCGCUCAAGGACGCCGAGAACUACAGAUGGAACAUCUUCGACAUCACCAGGGACCCGGACAACCACUUCCAGGACAUUGAACAAGCUGCCUUUUCGCCUUCGACGUUGAUCCUCGGCAUUGCCCCGUCGGCGGACAUCAUGCUACAUGCUCGCAUGUUCAGCUACCCCGACGCCGCCAGGUACCGCGUUGGGCCGAACUAUCAACAGCUGCCGUGCAACCGGGCGCUCAACGUCUAUUCCCCGUGCCGGAGAGACGGCCCGAUGCGCGUAGACGGCAACUACGGGCCCGACCCUGAUUAUAUCAAGAGCGGUCCAGCAGAUGUUGCGCACGGGGAGUGGAUCGGCAGAGUCCAAGAUUACACCUUCGACGUCACCGAGGAGGACUGGGGGCAGCCGCGGAUGCUCUGGAAGCUGUUCAAGGAGCAGGGCGAGGACAAGGUGUUGAUCCACAACCUUUCCAUGCACACCAGCAAGGCGCUGCCAGAAGUCCAGAAAGAGGCGAUCAAGUCAUGGGCCAAUGUGGACGAGGACCUCAGCAAGAGGCUUGGAGAAGCUCUGAGCAAAACGGGAGACAACACGGAUCAUAAGAACGCACCACCCAGUCAGAUUGCCCUAUUGAGACACAGAAAGUGA